UGCUGUAAGUUAAGUGGUGAGAGUUAUGUCCUGAUCCGAUCUACUUAGGAAAAAAAAUACACAACCAAAACAAAUCUGCUCUGUGAGAAAGGCUGUAGAAUGGGGGAUAAGAAAGAAGUGACCAUGGUCCAGAGGUCCACUUCAUUCAGCAUCAAGAGUCUGCUGCUGCCGUCUAAAAGCGAGGCGCAAGACACAGGGCUGUGUGAGAAGAGCGCGUUUACACCAGGAUCCGACUCGGAAAAACUUACCGAUCAGACCGACAUGGAACAUUCUUCACUCGAAACGGAGAAGUCGAAGAAGGCAGAUGGUAAAGCGAGCGAUAAAGGGGAAUCCGGUAAAAACGGCAAACUCGACAAGCCUCCGUUCAGCUACAACGCGCUGAUUAUGAUGGCCAUCCGCCAGAGUCCCGAGAAGCGGCUCACCCUGAACGGCAUCUACGAGUUCAUCAUGCAAAACUUCCCUUAUUACCGGGAGCACAAGCAAGGAUGGCAGAAUUCCAUCCGCCACAAUCUGAGCCUAAACAAAUGCUUCGUUAAAGUCCCGAGGCAUUACGAUGACCCGGGAAAAGGGAACUACUGGAUGCUGGACCCUUCGAGUGACGAGGUGUUUAUAGGAGGGACGACGGGAAAACUGCGCCGGCGCUCCGCUACUUCACGAGGAAAACUGGCCAUGAAGCGCGGGCUGCGAUUCGCACCGCUCGGGUUUGGAAUAAACGACAGGUCGAGUAAUCCUCUGUACUGGCAAAUCUCCCCCUUUUUAUCCCUGCACCCUCCUUCUUACAAUUCCUCAGCAUCCGGAUUUCUAAAUCAGGGCCACGGUUAUGGCUCACUCAUCCCCGGAGUGGAUCAGCUGGGCAGCGGUGAUCUCGGGCGGCCCAUCUUCAGCUCUUCCGGAGGUCCUCUCGGUUUUACGAACACUUACGGGAUGAGCUCGUCUCCGGUCGGGUUGAUACAGAGUCAGCCCGGUUAUUUGGGAAGCCCGCAGCAGCAACAGCACGCGCCCCCGCAGCAAAGCGCGUCACCGUUCGGCGUUUCCGUUACUUCGGCGCGAGCGCUGCUCUCCGACACGCUCAGGGCCACGUUACCGUCUUUCUCCCCCGUGGGAUCAGGCGACUUCCACGGAGUUUUUUCUCAGCACAAAAGAGUCCUUCCUAAUACAUAUUUAAACUGAACCCAGGCUUCUAAACAUGUUAACAUGCUCAAGCGCAAAUUUUGCAGGAAUUCUAACGAAACAGCGCACAGGACGCUGCUGUGAUUCUGUUCCUGGAGUUUUCCCUCACCAAAAAAUGUCAUUAAUUGUUUCUGAAACUGAACUUCAGCUCUACAAAAGGCCAACCCGAUCUCAAGUAAAAUUUGUAGGAAUUCUAAUGAAAUCUUACAAAUGAGAAGCUGAAAAGUCACGACCCGCAGUUUAACCUUUUAAUCACAGACUGUUUCCGGUGUUCGGCUUCUGAAGGGACAUUUAUACCUUUGUGCCAAGACUAUAUCUAGAUUUGCCAAAGGUAAAUGCUAUAGCGCAUGUUAUUUAUAUUAUGUUCAAAUAAUUCCACUUUUAAGCGGUUCGACUGAAGUCUUAUAUUUAUGUAAAAUUGUAUUUAAUUUUCAGU